UUUUUUUUUUUACUUUUGUUUUGGGAAACAUCUGUCGCGCCUUCUGCGGAUGUUUUCCGGCAGCGCGGCGCCUUUUAUUUCUCUCUCUCUCUCUCUCUCUCUCUCUCUCUUUCUCUCUGCGACUGCGCGAGGCAGGAAGUGAACAUUACUCGCGGUAAUUGCGAGUUUCCUUCAGGCCUGCUUAUCGCGGCCUCUCAUCUCGGGCGUAAUUAAAGCGAAUCGUCGCCAUUAUUGUUCUUUUGUUUUGUUAUUUGCGCAGUGAUACCUUCCUGAACGAAUUUGCUACGCGUGACGUAGCUCUAGGCCGAGUUCAUAAACCACGCAAGAGCGCAAGGACGCAGCAUGUGACAACAAACGCAAGAAAACUACAGUAUUUUAUGAAACACGCCAGUCGAAAGACAUCUCCACCCCUAGCUUAAAAAUGUAAAACAGUAGAAAAAGUUUUCUUUAUCGGGCUUUUUUUCAAGAACAAUGUAAGCAAGUACUUCCCGUAAACGAGUGAUAUUCUUAAUACCUUGAAUUAAAGGCGUAGUUUGUUUUAACUGUGUGAUAGUUUAGUAAGUCCAAACGUGAUGCGUGUGAUAAAAAAUGUCGUGGCUUUCUAUCCAUAGGCGUGUAACAUCUCCAACUUAAAAUAUUUCAAACACUUUACUUCAAUAUAGAAGGUGGAACCACAAGCCGAAAUGCAAUAGGAAAAUACAUUUGUCUAAUUGAUAUGUAAGUUUUCGUUAGUACACAAAAAUUAUUUACUAAAAAAAAAUUUCUUUAUGUGUAGGGCAAUAUAGGCUACACCGUAACGGAAUUUUAAACGUAAGUUAUCGCUACACUUGAUAUGAAUAAGGUGUCAUUCAGGAAAAUAAAUCAGUACACAUAUGGGUCAUUUAGACUACUUUUUUUAAAAUCUCAUGAUUGUGGCUUUCAGAUAAUUUUCAUUGUGUAUAUGUUAUAAAGUUUGAAAAAUGUUUACAUUUUUAAAUGUAACGUGAUUUUUUUAUCGAGGGAAUAAAUAAUCAGUGAAUUUAAGAUUUUUUUUUAAUAUUGCCUUGUUUAUUUAGAGAGGUAAAUGUGUUGAUAAUUCAGGGAUUGACGAUUUUUGACACGCCUUAGUAACCAGAAGCGUUUUAUAUCAAUUAUUGCGUCUAAAACCCUCACAGCAAGAAGCUUUCACGCUGUACUCAACUUUCGCUUGGUGCAGGUGACGGGUAGGGGCGCGUUGCUUGGGUGAAUCAAUCGUGAACGAUUAGUGCCGCGUCGGGGUGAUUGAAAAUAGACUGUUCCGAACGGCGUUAACUCAGACGAGGUCUGAACGAGCUUCCCCUCCAAGUAGACGGGUGUUUUGACGUGCGGCAGGCCUAUAAAACCACGACCCUUCCCCCCCAAUUCCACGAGCGAAAAACUGCCUGGAACAGCGGCCAUAUCCUGCGCGUCGGAUUGUCGUUAUUGCGAAUUGGAGGUGCCCUCUGCGGCGCGAGCGACGUAGUUUCCAUCCCCCCCUUCUUUUUUUUUUUCUUUUGGUCGACAUCCCCCCCUCCACCCAGCACCACGGCCGUCCACCACUCCCGUGCCCUCGUGCCACUUCGCCCCUCCCUCGCAUCGCUCCGUCUCUCUCGCGCUCCGCCUUCCCCUCCUGCGGCGACCUUACCACCCCUCCCGCGGUGUCCCGUUUUUCUUCCGACCCGAGUCAACAAAACACCAUCAGUCGAGUUCCGCGCGUCGAUUGGGAAGGUCGCGCGCUCACGGUUUUUUUGAUUUUUUCUUUUUUUUUUCUUUUAGUUUACUUCUUCCCCCACCUCCCCCUAAAUUAUAUUGGUUUUUCCCUCCCUUUCCCCUACCGGAUCCGUCGUUGUGUUCAGCCUGGUUGUGUUUUUGUUGUGUUGUACGCCGCUCGUUGUCGGGAGCACGGUGAGAUCAGUUCCGGAGUGUCGCGGACGUGAUGUGCCGCGUCGGGUGAACGCGCGCGCGCGCGUGUGUGGCGGGCGCGUGCUGCGAGGAUGCGGUGCAAGCUGUGCGAGAUGCUGACGGACCGGCCGAUGAACGUCGCGCUGCUGGGGGGGCAACACCACCAGCACGGCCAGCAGGCGGCGGCCCUGCCCCCGCCGCCGCCGCCGGUCCCCGCCGCCGCCGCCAACCCGUUCUGGCCCCCGCAGUUCGGCCUGCGCGACCUCAUGCUGGCCGCGUACUUGCUGCGAGGUAAGGAACUGCUUCUGAGUUUUCGUACAAAUCUAGGAUCACCGCAAGGCUACUACCAGCCCGCGGGGCCGCUCAUCUCGUCGCACCACCACCUGCACGCCGCCCCCGCCGCCUCCAACCCGGGCAAGGCGCCCGCCGUGCUGUCCACCCUCGAGGCGUCCGCCACCCCGACGCCGCCGCCGUCGGCCGCCAGCCACACCAGCCACACGAGCCACACCAGCCACACCAGCCACAGCGUGCCGCCCUCGCAGAUCGUCUCCUCCAACUCCACGCCGUCGGGGACGACGCGUGGCGGCGACGAGUCGUCCGACAACGACGUCAUCAUCACGGCGACGUCAUGCGCGUCUGGCGGCGAAGUGACCCAGCAGCAGCAGCCGCCCACGUACCGCUACCCGGCCGCCUACCCGCCGCCCGCGACGGCCACGCCGCACUACGCCUACCCCUACACCCAGCACUACCCCAGCCCGCCCGCCUCCGCCAGCGUGCAGUACUCGGCCGCGCCGCCGCACUACCACCACGCGCAGGACCUCUGCUACUCGGGCUACCCCGCCGCCAGCGCGCCGGCCCCCUACUUCCACAAGGCGUACUCGACGCCGCCGCCGGCCGCCUACCACCGCCGCUACCUGGCGCCGCAGUACUACACCUCGGAGCUGUACCCCUCCGCCGCCGCCGCAGCAGCCGCCGCCGCCUCCGCGUCCACGCCGCCCCAGCAGGGCUCCGCCGCCUCGCAGCAGCAGCCGCCGCCGCCUCCGCAGGCCACGCAGCAGAUGGUGGUGGCCGGGGGCGGUAGCUACCUGCCCGCCUCCAGGGAGCACGCCGUGCCGCCGCCGCCGCUGGUGGACAGCUACCCGCCGCCGCCCAUAGUGGACCCUUAUCCCCCGCCGCCGGGCUACUACACGGGCUACGCCGCCGGCCCCGCCUCCGCGGCCUGCUACACGCACUCUCCGCCUUCACGGGGGCUGUUCAUAGAUCCUGCGUACCCUAGUUGCCCGUGCCCCAUGCAGUCGUGUCCAAAAAACGUCCAUACUGGGCCUCUUACUGGUGAUGGUAAGGGGCCUCAUCUCCUGAGCAAGCAGCAGCAUCCUCUGCCCCCGGUGGUCCUGGCGCUCCCGCUGGAGCCGCCAGGGGCGCUCGGGCCGCCCAGCCCCGCGCGGGGCAGCGCCGGGAUAUCCCAGCCGCCCACCCCGGCGGCGGCUUCCGCGAGGAACCCGGGCGCGCCCCCAGAGGACGAGGACUGCGCCCCCUUCACCUGGAGCUCGGAGGCCCAGCUGGACGACAGAGAGCCGCCCCGGCAGGACAAGCAGCUGCCCGAAGACCCCGACUACCGCCUCCCCGGAGACGACGCGUCCCAGCACCGCCUGCUCACGAUCAUGAAGCAGCCGCAAUCGCCAGACUGCGGCAAGCCGAUCAGCAGGAGGUCCUCGGCGGACUGCCCGAGUGAGAGCAAAAACGUACCUUUGUUGAUGUGCGAUACUUUCCAGAGCAGGAGUGCCAACGCCCCCGCAGCGGAGGAGGAGGUCGUGCGGGCGGAGACGGACGGUGUCAAGUACGAAGACAAACCGGUGGAGGUUGAAGUGAGCACUGCGAAGUUGUCGAGUUCAGCUGUCGCCGAGCCAGAACCCGACGCUCCCAGGGUGGAAUCGGGCCAGAAGAGGAAGUCGGAUGUCAUGGAUUCCGAAAAAGGCGAGAAGAUUCUGUUGCCUGCGCCCAAGAGACAAAAGUCUUUAAAAAGCAGCAAACUGGCAAGUGCCGCAAUGAAAGAUUUGGAUAGUUUGAAAAAAGAAAAUCUGUCCCCGAAGAUAGUCUCUUCUGCCCAAGAUAACAUCACCAAGAAAACUGCUCCUCUUUCUUCAAACAAUAACUCUGUGGCUAACGUGGUACCUUGUCCAAAGAAGAGGAAGCUACAGGACAUCAAGCAUUCAAGUGAGAAUGCAGAACCUGUAGAACCUGUACUUCCGGCAGCUAAGAAAAAAAAAUUAGCUGCGAAAAUUUCAAAAAAUCUAAAAGACUCUAAAACUAAAACAUAUCCUUCACGUGCUAAACAAUUAAAGGACAAAUCUCAUGCAAAUGGUAUUACAAGGGAUUGUGAUUCAAUUAAUGUAAAUGUUUUGGAAAGUGCGUUGUGUAGGAAUAGAACAAUGCUCAAUAAUUCAGCUAAAAAAAAUAACUUACCUACAGUUCCUGUUGAAAAUGGCAAAAUGCCUACCACCAAAGUUGAAUGCAAAGCAAAAGCAAAUAAUGGUUGUCCAGUUCCGCAAAAGAAGCAUGUAUUGAGGAAGACAAAGCAGAAUGAUUUGGUUAAUGAUAUACCUAAUACACUACCAACAGCUUCGAACAAAUCUCGCCGGAAAAACUCCUCUACUGUCGACACAAACAGUGCAGCCAACAAGCCUACAAGUAAGAAGUCAAAUUUGCUUCAAAGUCAGCACAGAAGGGAGUCAUUAUCAGAAGAAGAGACUGAAGUCAUUCCUAAAGUGCAGUGUUUGGGUGGUGUAAGAAGGCCAUCUUUGGCUGCAAACAAGAAAGAACAGUUGAAGGGACAAGUUAAGAAAACUGUGAAAACUAGCAGUGAGGUAUUGGAACACGAAAACAAUGGUUUGGUGACAGUUUGUAGUAAAAAAGCUCCUUUGAAGCGAUGUGCAUCAAUAACACCAAAGUGGUCGAAUGGCUGGUCUUGGAAUGGAGAACCUUUCUUCGCAAAGGUCUUUUUGUCGAGUGAUGAUGCUCCGCAGAUGCGGAAGUGCUACCCUUCGAUGCGGCACAUAGAGGGAGACAUCAUUUGCCCGCGGGACUGUGUGCUGCUCAAGUCUGGGACGCGUAAAGUUGACUUGCCGUUCAUCGCCAAAGUAGCUGCGCUGUGGGAGAACCAAGAUGAUGGCGAGAUGAUGGUGUCGCUGCUGUGGUACUACAGGCCGGAGCACACGGACCAAGGUCGCCGGGAAGAGCACAUGGAGGACGAGGUAUUCGCCUCCAAGCACAAAGACACGAACAGCGUGGCCUGCAUCGAGGACAAGUGUUACGUCCUCACGUUCAACGAGUACUGCAGGUUCCGGAAGAGCCAGAGGCGUCAGGAGGAGGGCGUGAGGGAGCCGGCGCUGGUGGUGCCGCAGUCCGAGGCAUACGCCCGCACCAGCCGCCAGCCGCCCGCGACUGUCCCCCCGGACAUGGUGUUCUUCUGCAGGAAGGUCUACGACUUCCGGCAGCGCAGGAUCCUGAAGAACCCGGGGUGAAAACUUGUGGCGCGCGUGGACGUUAAAACGAAAUGGUUCAGGAGAAGUGACGGCGGACGACCAGGUUUUUUUUCGUAAAUCGUAGUACAUUAUAUAGUAUGUUGAUUGUGUAUUAUCUCACAGCUAGUCUUUCAGAAUAUGUGAUGUUUUACCAGAAUAACUAUCUGAGGUACUUGUUCACUGGGAGGAACUAAGACGUGUAUCUUCUUUGUCUCGUGAAAUGUUAGAGCAGAUGAUUAAUUGAGAGGUAACGUGCAUUUAGGAACUGCUGAUAUUCUAGGAGUACAAUCCAUUUAGGAGUUAAAAUGUGAGAUUGUUUUCACAAUACGAGCAUCAUUGAAAUAUAUUAUUGUUUCAAGAUGAGGAAAAAAAGAUUUUCUUGCAAAAUCUCAAAUUAAGGCAACUUUUGGAAGGUAAAUAUGCAGUAGAAUAAAGAUUCUUGCAAGUCACUUAUUCUUUUUUAUUUGUGUGUAAGAUUACUUUGUUUUUACAAACACGUUUCCUCAAAAGUAUGAGUAUAAAUUUUAUUUCUUUGGAAAUAAAUUAAGUCAAUAAAUGUGUGUUAUUACAUAGUGAAAAAUAUGAAGACAAAUAUACCUAAAUUAGCCUUUUCAGUGAAGUGAUUUUUGUAAAAAUUUUAAUGUAUAACUGAGCAUUCUGUCAUCACAAGCUAAUGUUUCAGGGAGAACAGAAUUAAAUAGUGGUACACAAUGGAAGGGCUUUAUGCCUAUAAAUUUGAACUUAGUUUGUAAAGUCUGUUGAAUGUUGUAUUUUUAUAUGUAUAAAAAAAAAAGAAUAGCUGCAAUUUUUCAUCAGCAUCAUGUAUACGUUUUCCAAAUUUUCUGGAAUAAUGACAUGCUGUAUCGGGGACAUGACAGAUGUAAUAAGUUUGUUCGUGAACAGCUUUUUCCGGUUCUGAAACGUUACACUGUUGCCCCUAGUAUCACACAUGUUGAUGAUGUUUUACAGAAAUUGAAUAUUGUAAAUAUAAUUUGAAAAGAUGCAGAUUGUUUAGAAAUUGUUAAUACUGAUUUUUAUCAGUUGCAUUAAGAUGUUUUAAUUUUUUAUCAAUGGUAUGGUGGAGUUUUUUUGACAAAUUUUUAAGGUCUUUUAGUGUGUACAGUUUUUGGAUUACCACGUGAUGAAAGUCAUCAAACGUUUUUGAGAGCCAACACAUUGUGGCAGGCUGUUACCUCUAGUGUAGGCCAUGAUGGAUAUUAUUUGGCAUUGCACAUUCUAUUAAAUAAUUAAAUAUCUCCCUCGGUAAAUAUCAGAGAAAAACAUAAUGCAAGCAUUUGAGUAUGAUGUAGGCAACAAGCAUUAAAUGCUUGUUAACAUAGAAUUUGUAUUAUAUCUAUAAAUAUAUAUAUAUAAUUGUAAAGAGAGUAUGUUAUUACAUUUAUUAUUAAUAUAGACAGAAAAGAUAUAUAAUAUAUUUAAUUUAAAAAGAAAAAAUUGAUAUUUAUAAAACUUAAAAAAAAAAAGUCUGUGCUAUUAUGCUCGGAUAUGAUGCUUAAUUUUUCCAUUAUUUUAUUACCAUUUGUUGAAUGUUGGUACUUUAAGUAAUAUGCUGCUAUAAAUGAUUUACCAGAGUAUUGUGCUGCAAUAUAAUUUCACUGCUUGUUGUUUAGAAGUGGAGUUAAAAUAAUUUGUGGCUUUGUAUUUGUAUUGAAGAGAGAAUGGUUAGAUUGAGGUGUGUCAUGUUGACUUCUAUUUAUGUGUUUUUAUGUUUGUGUUCUGUCGUUCACAGAUUUUCAGUAACAGCCGUGCCCUCUCCACCGGAUAGUAAACAUCAAUUUCAGAAAUAAUUUAUUUGUAGAAAUUCCGAGUAGUGAUUCCUUCCAGAAUAGUUAAUACCUUAAGAUUGGUUUAAACUUGUGAUGCUGAGUGUUUGUGUGAAAGUGUUUUACAUUAUUAUUUACACUAUGCAUAGUAGUGAAAAAUUUAGAAUAGAGGUUUUAUAAUGAGUCCUGGUAAAGUUUACAGAAUUAUGUUACUGUGAAUGAAAGUGUUAUUUUCAGUUCGAAGUUAAUUGGUUUUUGCAGUCAGGCUUGCUAAUAAAUUGGGUGUUCUGUGAAGUAAAAAAAAAAGUUGAAGUGUGAGCUAUGUAUUGAAGCAACUGGCUUUGCAAAUGUCUCAUUGUGUGGCCCAUUAUCUUAUGUAACCAUAAACAGUUUUUUUUUGUGCAGUUUUGUGACUGUAACAUUGCCAGUAUCAGCUCUGUAUCUUUUAUUUGUAGAUCAAGUGUAUUGGUGGUGUUUUCAUUGCAAACUGAGUUGUUCUAUCUUUUUGACCGUCAGUGGAUGUCAGAUUUUUCAUUGAUGCCAGUGUUUUAUGAGAUGCAAAACUUUUUUUUUUUUAAUUUUGUGUCAGUACAACUGUAUAUUAUAUUUCAGAAUGUCUUUGGUGUAAGCACUGCACAGCGUACACCAUCCAUAAUCAAAAUAGUUCUAAUACAUUUAUGUACUAUUUAUUAGGAUAGUCAUGUAUGUGUACUUGUGUUCAAUGCAUUUUUUAGUAAGAGAAGACAUUGCACACUUCAAACCUUUGUAAUUAUUAAAGUGAUUGAUUUAUUUUCAUAAUUUUGUUAUUGUGUAUGAAAAUUGAACAGGUUUGAAAGUUAAAGGUCACUACUUUGUACCAAUGUUAAUAAAAGUUUUUGAUGGGAUCUUGCCUGUUGUAUGUAGUUUGAAGUAAACUUGUAAAGGGGAGUUUAAUCUCGACCUGUUAAAACAUAAUCAGUAUGUGUGGCUCUUAUCGAGACAAGCAACAGUAAAUCUGGUCUUGCCCCAGCUUAUUCAACUAUCCCAGACAUACAUAUCUACAUAUCCUUCAUGCUAAGCACAAACUUUAAGUGUAAUUAUUUUAUAACAUAAUAAAAAAAAACAUUAAUGAGAAAGCAGAAUCUUGUGAUGUUUGUAAUUGGUUAGCACUUAUCACUUUCACUAUGUAUGUAUAUAUGUAUACUCUAAAAAAAUUUGUCCAACUUACAAAAAAACAAACUUUUUUUUCCAUAGGAAUAAUGCCUUGAAGGAGAGAUGGCUGGGGGAGGUAAAUUGAACGCAAGGUUCAAAUAUUUUAAUAAAUGCAAAAACACAUUUUGUAAGUUGAGUAUGUUAAAUGUGGUUAAACUGAGUGCAGGGUAAAUUAAAGCUUAUUUGCUUGCUUGUAUAAUAUGUUUUUGAACGAGAGCUACGAAACCAGUUUAUGUUGUGGAUACAGGGACCAUGUUUAGUCAUGUGCAUGAGACCAUCAUUGGCUUACAGUUUCACGAUACAACAGACAGAUUUGGUUGAAUGUAAACAAUUAAAUGUGCAUCAUACACACAGUUUCUUGUUAAAAAAAAAGUAGGUUAAAAAGUAAUUUAAAGCAUAAAAUAUAUACAUGCAUUAGUACCAAAUGAAUCAAACAUUUGACACCAGGGUCACUUCACGGGUGUUGUUGAGUGUGCGUGGACAUAAUCACCGUGUGAUAAGGGCGACACGGACCCAGCUAGACUCAGUGUGUGACGUGGUCCUGGUGUGGCAAAAUUUGAGACAUGAUCCUACUUGUAAUGCCUCGUGCAAAAACCUGGUCCACUCUCAGCAUCAGACACGCUAAAACUAAACGCAUUGCUCUUUAAGGCGACCCACACACAAUUCUACGUUUCACACUUCCGUUCCUCACGUUUGGUAACAUUUAAACAAACCAAUAGUUAAAAACACAUAAAAAAAGUCCUGCGGCAUGAAUCAAGUUAGUUAAAGUCCAGUGCACUCACAUGGCUGGACGAUAUCUUCCUGUUAAUUACAAGAGUUCAGUGCAGGGUUGAAAUUCAAUUAAGUUGAGCAGCCGGCGUCCAGAAGCGGGCCCCGAGGGUGAAAGAUAGAAUUGAGUAUAAUUUAAGGAUGAACAGUAUUAAUAAAUCAGUAGCGCGCAAUGAUGUCCCCGGGCUGACACGUCCGGCCUCUGGUUGCGAUCAAGUUUGACGGGGGGAAAACAAUGGCCGCAGCUUGCGCUGGGCACCGUCCCCACGCCAAGAUACAAGAGCCGUUAGGUCGUUCAAAAAUUUUGCCACAGACAUUAAAAGUAUAAGGCGUAAAACACUUCACAAACAUUAGCAUUUAUACAAACCCUUUACAUUAUUGGUGAUUUGAAAUACAAAAAUUAUGAAAAAUUAUCACUCAGGAGGACAUUCGGAAUAUCUUUGUCUACCGGGAGAUAAAUAAAUUAAAAAGAAAAUUAUUCAUGUAGUUGUUCAUAACAAAAAAAGUAACAAUGACAACAACUACUGCUUUAAUUAAUAUUUAGAUGGUGUCAGCACCUGCUGACUAGCCAUCUUCCUCUCGGGUGAAGACAUGCUGUUCAAAAAUGGUCUUUCACACAUCACACGUACAUUACUAGUAGAAAGUUUGAAAUAUGAAGGAAUUGGGGUGGGCGGAGACACAGAGAGAAGCCCCUGAACAACAUGAUGUUAUGUCAUUGCAUUGAAACUCGGAUGUACCAAAGGGAUGCAAGAUUUUGUAACCUCAACGGAGAACCGAGUUUGGUAUGGCACAUCUAUUUGCCAAACAAUUCAAUACUGGUCCCAAAAAUUUUCUACUGAAAAAAUUGAAUGUGUUAUCUACAUCCAUACUUAGUCUAUGGUUUUUACUACCUAACAGCUAAGGAAUUCUUCAUUUAAAAAAAAAAAUACUUUUUAGGCAAACCUAGCACACUGUCAUCAGUUAGGAAGAUCCUAAUGGUCACCACAUUUUGGAUAUCAUACGGGCAGUCUUCACCGUUUUAAGCCAACUGAAGACUGACAACAUGCCUUUGUUAAAAUAAUAAUGCAGAGUUAUUUCUGGCUCAGGCCAUUCCAUUUAAUGGGUAAGAAGUGUUUGAAAUUUACAAUGUUGCUAAAAUACUGUAUUUUAUUGUAUAAUCAUCACAUACUUUAUGCUAAAGUUUGAAAAGUAGAGGUGCAAUUUUUUUUGUGAGAAAAGCAGUGUGUUCGAAAGCAUGCCAAACAGAUUAAAUUAAUUAUUCAUUUAUCAAUUUGUUAAAAAAAAAAAAUCUUUGAUAAUGCAUCUGUAGUCAUUCACGAGUCUUUCCAUUGUAACAUGCAAAAGAAAAAACCAAAAUAUUAAAUGUACGCAAUUGGUUUAAAUUAAACACUGUAUUGGUAAAAUAAAUAAUUUAACUCACCAGAAAUACUUAGCAUCACUUAUUUCCGUGCUUGAUGGAAAGUUCCUUCCAAUGAGGUGUUUGUCAUCGAAUUGUCACCAUCGCCAUUAACAGCAAAGGCCUAGGGAAAAUUCGUGGCCAGAUGCUCUGUUUCCAUUUUGUUCACCUUCAAGAAUUACUUUUAGAUUAUAGCCCGCGCUAUAAUUUCUAUAUUUUCUCAUAACUACCGCACUGCCUGACUGCAGCUUGAAAACUGAUUACUGUCGCACAGUGCUUCGUCCUGUGAUCUUUGGCGAGGUCAUGUUUACUACAAAGCACUCCGAAUCUAAGAGCAAGAUCAAAAAAUUAAUGAGAUUUUUAUGCAAUAAAUAUUUUAUUAAAUUUUGACAUGCUAAAAUAACAGUAGCGACUAUUAUGCGAUAAAACACAGUAUUUAGUCAAUUUUAUUAUUUUUUUUUCCCAAGUGUUUCCCAUGCAAAAUGUUUUUGCUCAUUAAACAUGACCCAGAUAAGCCAAUAAGUAUUUUUAAAUUAUUGGUUUAUUUCAAAUGGUUAAAAAAGUUUUUGUAGAUACCCAACUAUGUUACACUAUUAUGAAAGCUGGCAUAUUUGAAGUUGAAAUGCUUGUGUAAUUUCACAUAGAAAUGAAGUAGUUUGAAACGGAAACUGUAGUCUUUAAACAUAGGAUUGUUUUCCCAUCUUCCAGAAUUUGGUUCAGAUGCAAUGUUGCAUUCAUGGUAGCAACUGGUCGUGUAACUUUUAGGUCUAUACACCGAUCGUAAGAUCCUACAACCAGUGAUUGUGGGCAGCUGUGAUCACAAAGGCAUCCCACUUUUACAUUGUGGUAAAGUUCAUGAGAGAAAAAGGUUCAAUUUGCACUGGCACAUGUUUGGCAUGAGGAGAAUUCAAUAAUAUUCAAUAUGUGUACGAAUAAUUUCAAAGUAAGCAAUGUUUAUGGUAUAUAAUCUAAGAGUAUGUUUGUAUCUCAUACUGUGACAUGAUUCAAAAACUUUUUUGUGGUAAAAAAAAUUACAUUCCAAACUUAAAAUUUCAAAUUUAAAAAGCUAAAUGUAGAUUUGUAAAAACAUAUUUCAUAAAUAAAUUAAAAUCAUGUUGUGAAAAUUUUGUUAUUACCUAUUAUGAAUUUUACAGUUUUUUUUUUUUUUUAAUGCUGUUGUGACUGGGUAUAAUUAUUGUCAAAGUUAUACUAAUUCUAUUUAUAUUGUGUUAUUGGAUUCUGUGAAAAUUCCAUGAUUCCAUUAUUAUUAUUAUUAUUAUUAUUAUUAUUAUUAUUAUUAUUAUUAUUAUUAUUAUUAUUAUUAUUUUGCUUACCUCGUCCUGUGAACUCCUGCAUUUUCCCCAUUUUUUUUAUACUUUAAAAGUUAAAAAAUAUGUAUAGCCUAGCAUAGUGAAGUAAUAGUUGUUGCUCGCUCAGUUCUUCACUUAUUUUGAAGUGAUUGCAUUUCAAGUCUUUGUAAUUAGGAAAUUUUAUUCUUAAUAACACACUUCAUGAGGAUGUUAUUGUGGUUUAUCUUCAAACUUGAGCACAGCACAGUCAUGCAGUGUUGUGAUGGGGAUUUUUUUUUUUAAAACUAUUACCGUACAUUAAUAAAAAAAUAAAAAUAUUAAAAAUUCUGUGCACAAAUCUACUUGAGUGUAGUUCGUUGGUUGAGAACAGAUAACAUUUGUAUCCAUAAAUUUUCUCUCAUCAGAAGGAUAAGUGGCAUAAAUGACUAGUUAUGUGUAGAUUGUUACAGUUAUCUUGAAUGAUAUUUAUGAGGUGUCGAACAGGAAAAAUAUCAGAAUUUUAGCAAACUAAAUUUAGAUUUUGGACUUCUGUAUUUGGCAAAAAAAACUUAAAUGUUAAUUUCCAACCAUAUUUACUUUGCUAAUGCAUCAGAUACAAGAUUUUAUGAUUUUAUUGCAAUUCACCAUAAAUCCUGUCUCUAAUCAUCAAAUGGACUGUCAUUUCCAUAUUUUACUAAUUCAGAUUUGAUUUUGUUACACAGAAUUUUAUUUUAAAAAAAUAUGAGUCUUUCAGUACUCACCACUCGUGUGUAACAUGUAACCUCGGUAACGAGCAAAUUCAUGUGUUCUCAUGCUGCAAAUACACUUAUAAUAUGAAUCUCGGACACAAAAUUUAACGUAGAAUUCUUUAAAAUAAUGCAGAGCAUGAUAAAUAUACAGAAAUUGUGUUUUCAACUAAAAUUUUGGCCGCAAAUCAACUAAAAUUUUGGCCACAAAUCGCACAUAGUUUCUGCACCCACCACUAGAAUUAGCUACCAGAGCAGCUCCAUCGAAUAUCAAAUCAUUCUAUUUAGAGAGUUAAAUUUUAAUCUAUAUGUAUAUGAAACUGCUGUAAUAAAAGCGAAAAAGACUUGAGAAAAUAUUAAACCUCUUCAUUGAACCUGAUUUUUUUAAAAAGGAAUUUUUUUUUAAUUUUGCCCAUCUCGUUAAAAUUCCUUAAACAGUUAAUACUAUAAAGUUUCCCUUUGGCUUUGUGAGGUUUGGUUUGCACCAUUCGCCACAGAUGGCAGCACCAUGGUUGUUGCACAUUUCCAUUCCUGGACUUUCAUCGCAUUCACGAAAUACUCUCACCAAAUUAUGUUUACCAAAAGCUAAGAUGUAACAUCAAUAAAAAAAUUUUACUUAUCUAACAAUCUGUGCAUUAUUACUGUUUUAUUUCUCAUAUAUGCAUGCUUUAUGAGAUGCUUCUUAAUUAAUGAUAAAAAUGUUUAGUUCAAAUGUCAGCCUUAUUUUUAGAGUUUUGUGGAACAAUGUUGUAGGUUGUUCAAUUCAUUUAGGUGAACCUUAGGUAAGUGUUUCAUUAAGAGACAUGUUACUACAUUAAAAUUUUUAUGAAAUUGCAGUGUUUGGAAUAAUUUAAGACAUGAAGCUGAAAUCCUUUAAUAAUUUUUUUUUUUUUCUGUAUAUAACAGUGGUGUGUUAAAUAGUUAACCAAAUGUGUAAAUCCAGUAAGUAAUUUUUUCCUAAUGUGAAAUAUUGUGUUUAAUGUUAAACAAUCAUAUGAUUUUCUUUGAACAUGAAAAGCAUAAAUGCAGUGUUCUAAGUAUUUUUUGAUGUUGUAACAUUAUUGUUUUUAGAGUCAAAAUUUCAAAAUUGAGCCACAAAUAAUUUUGUGAUUUCUAUUUUAUUAUUUGGUGUCAAACUAAAAUUUCAAAUCAUCUACAUUAAAAAUAUAUUUGAAAUAUGUUCAAUUAAAAUAGAUUGGUUCCAAACUUUGUUCGUGGAUCUUUUAUUAUGUACCUACAUAUUUUGGUGUUAUUUUGCUGAGAAGUUAUUUGUGUGCAAUCAGUUUUUCGUACUAUCUUUUUUGGAUACUCAUCUGGUUAAAGGACAGACGAAUACAACCUGAUAAGUGAGAUGUAAAUAAUUUGAAUGUUACUUGUUCAGUAAUUGACCAAAGCAAGCAAUAAUGGUUAAAGUGGCAGAUUUUACCAUAGCAAUGCAAUAUUGUCUGAUUUAUUAUCAAUUAGGUGGGAUAACCAGAGCAGAAUGUACAAAAUUGUCUUUAUGUAAGGUCGUUGUCCACAAAUGAAUCUUUCUUGAAAGAAAAAAAUCCUUUUUAAAGGGCUUUCAUUAUGGAAUGGUAUCAAAUACAUUUUCUGUGGAAAAUUUUUUUUUUUUUUUACUCUUUCAUUUGUGAUUUUUUUAAACACUCAGUCACUUGUGGCUUUCAAUACCUAAUAAUUAUGGUGUGUUACGUAGUAUAGUGUGUGUUUGUGCUCUUAAGAAAAAUGAAAUUUCUGAAAGAUAUAUUUUGUUGGUACCCUCAGUAAUCUAUUUGAAUAUUUAACAUUUAAAUGAUAAUGUAGGAAUACUAAUUUAGAGCUAAUUUUUGUACAGUGUUUACCCAUACGUUUAAAUUUUCUGUUUCAAGUUUUGCAUCUCAUUCUUCAGAGUCUGAUUUGCAUGCAAUGUGUUCUUUAAGUAUUGCACUCUGGCCAAGGCAAUUAUUUUUUUAUAUCGAGGUAGGGUGUCUACUGCAAGAUCCCGCUGUUCACCUGGAAGUUGAGAAGUGAAUUUUGUAGAAAUGACUCUGUUCCCUUGGCAUGCCAAGAUUGAGAAAUUGUCACUAACAUGUAUCAAAUCACUUAAAAUUGUGGAUUAAGCAUAAUGUGUGUGUUGUUUUCCUGAUAAUGAGAUUAUGUUCUUGCUUGUUGUCAUUUGUUUUAUAAAUGUCAAUGGGUAGAUAUAAAAGGAACUAAAUUUUGCUAUCAUACAUAUAUAUAUACAAUAUACAUACAUAUAUAUAUUUUUACUACCAUUUGUGAUUGUGUAAACUGUUUUCUCUAUCAAAAAUUAACUAGCUACUAGUUUCCUACUUUCUAUGACUAAUCAUAUGCAUAUUAUAAUCAUGUGUGUGUUCCUUGUGCUUCAUUGAGUCACCCUGCAUAUAAUGUAGUACAAUAGAGUGCGUACAUUAGAUUAAAUGCCUUCCGUAGGUGCCUUUGCAUGCAUGUAUGUUCUUUUGAUGAUGGGAAGAAAUAAAUGAAAUUUCGUGAAUAUGUGGCUGCAUACAAAUUGUAUUAGGUGUUCUUUUUAUUAUUAAGUUUUACUGUAUCUUGAUUGUGUUAUUUGUUCGAGUCCUUUUUCUGACAUUGUCUGUUUCUAUCUCUUGGAGAAUAAAUGUGUGAUACCUCUUAA